AUUCAUUUUGUAUAAAUAUUGAAAUAUUUGCGUUGUGCAUCAGUCGUGUAUUGAUUGAAAUCUCGCUUUAUUGAAAGUACUAUUCUAUUUUGUAUUGGAGAAUAACAUAGUGAUUGAAGAACAAUGGGAAAAUCUACGAUCACAUUUUUGCUGUUGAUCUUGGUAGUCGCGUUGAUGAAAACUUCCACAUCAAAGCCGACGAUAGAAGGUCAAAGGAUAGAAACAAACAAACAUGAAUUUACGAAGUUGUUGAAACGUUCGUCGCAUGGGAAAGGAAAGGGAACAGUGAAAGGAAAGGGAACAGUGAAAGGAAAGGGAACAGUUAAAGGAAAGGGAACAGUGAAAGGAAAGGGAACAGUUAGAUGUAAUGACCAUAGCGAGUGUCCAGAGGGGUACGCAUGUCUUCUUCCUGGCUUUAGCAAAGCUAGUGUUAAAGCAAAAAAGAGAUGCUACGAGUGUGGUUGUAAGACGUAUAGCCAAUGUUAUCUUCAACAUAAAAGCAUGUUUUGCAAUUGCUCUGGGUCUGGAUUCACUGGAGAAUUUUGCCAAACAAAUAUAGACGAUUGCUUACCUACACCGUGCAAUAACAACGGUACCUGUACUGAUCAAGUGAAUGGCUACACGUGCCAAUGUAAUCCUGGAUACACAGGGAGACAAUGUGAAAAAGGUAUUGAUUUUUGCAAGUCCUCGCCUUGUAAUGUCCAAGAAGCAGAGUGUACUAAUGUAGGAGGUGGUUUCACAUGUACCUGUGACAUUGAGGAACCAAAAAAUAUUACUGAACUUAAUGCAAUAAAUCCAGCUACAGUAUGCUCACCAGGAUUUUUUACUAGUAGCUACAGUAUUAACGUUUUCAUACAGUGGAAAAUAAUCGCACCUGUUGGAGAUUUGAUAAUUGUGCUAUUCACGAACUUCCAAACUGAAGAAAACUUUGAUUUUGUGACUGUACAGGACGGACUGGUCAACGGUGUUAAAACUUGCCUUGCCAUAUUGAGUGGAGAACCUCCCUUUUUAACUCUCCCGCAGAAAUUCGUGUCAUCAACCAAUGAGCUUACAGUGACAUUUACUAGUGAUCACGUAAAUACUUUCGCUGGAUUCUGCUUCGCCUAUGGUGUGGUGAUAUAGGCGUGAAUAUACAUGUAUAUUAUUGUAUACAAUUUUAUAUAUUUAUGUAUUUAUAUAUGUAUAAUAGUAUACAAUUAUAUAAAUUAAUGAAUUUAUUCCUCUCUCUUUUAGGACUUUAUGGAUAAAUAAAUACUGUGUUAGAAAUAAGUUCUAUAUCAGUUUAUUUAAAACUUUAGUCAUACUCAACAUAAUUUCAGAAAUUAUGAAUAUUCACAUUCAAUUUUUAUAGAUUAAAUGUCUUUAAUACCAAACAGGUGAAUGCUAAACAUAUUGAUAUUGGUUAAUUCUAUCAGAGAUCGAGAAAUAAACAUUUCACAAAAAUUAAAACCAUGACUUUGAGUUAAUUAUUUAUAUUUUUUGUUUUGUUUUAAUAAUAGAUAAAUAAUUAAGGAAUAAAUAGUUGUCGAGCUUUGAGUCAUAUCAAUUGAAUAUAAGAAAAUUCAAAGCCAA